UGGUCUUUGAAAAACGGUGCCACUAUGAAGUACUUGCUACUUCUAGUACUGGGUGUGUUCCUGAUCUCAGGAGCUCACCAUGUGCGUGCGGAAGCCGAUGAUGACGACGACACACUGCCAUUGGUGGACAAUAACCUCGGUGCAUCGAAGGAAGGCUCGCGUACUGAUGCGGAAGCGGUCAAGCGCGAGGAGGAAGCGAUCAAACUAGACGGUCUGAACGUGGCCCAGAUGAAGGAGCUACGGGAAAAGUCGGAAAAGUUCACGUUCCAGGCGGAGGUGAACCGUAUGAUGAAGCUCAUCAUCAACUCGCUCUAUCGCAACAAGGAAAUCUUCCUCCGCGAGUUGAUCUCGAACGCGUCGGACGCACUGGACAAGAUUCGGCUGCUUUCGCUUACCGAUCCGUCCGUGUUGGACAGCAAUCGAAAUCUAGAGGUAAAGAUUAAGGCCGAUAAGGAGGGCAAGGUGCUGCACAUCAUCGACACCGGUAUCGGUAUGACGAAGCAGGAUCUGGUGAACAAUCUUGGCACGAUCGCGAAAUCCGGAACAGCCGACUUCCUGUCCAAGAUGCAGGAAAAGGAGAAGGCCGAAGGACAGGACGUGAACGAUAUGAUUGGACAGUUCGGUGUCGGUUUCUAUUCGGCGUUCCUCGUUGCGGACCGGGUCGUGGUGACGACGAAGCACAACGACGACAAGCAGUACAUUUGGGAGUCUGAUGCGGCCAGCUUUAGCAUUGUGGAGGAUCCGCGCGGUAACACGCUGGAGCGUGGUUCACAGAUUUCGCUGCACUUGAAGGAGGAAGCGCUCGACUUCCUGGAGGACGAUACGGUUAAGCAGUUGAUCAAGAAGUACUCGCAGUUCAUCAACUUCCCCAUUUACAUGUGGACGAGCAAGGAGGUCGAGGAAGAGGUGGUCGUCGAGGAGGAAACCACCGAGAAGCCAGCUGAUACGAAGGAGGACAGCACGGACGAGGAGGAGGACGUGAAGGUGGAGGAAGAAGAAACGACUGACAGCGACAAACCGAAGACGAAGAAGGUGAAGAAAACGGUCUGGAACUGGGAGAUCAUGAACGACAGCAAACCGAUCUGGACGCGCAAGGUGAGCGAAGUGACGGACGAAGAGUACACCGAGUUCUACAAGAGCCUCACGAAGGACACGUCGGAACCGCUUACUCAAACGCACUUCAUCGCCGAAGGUGAGGUCACGUUCAAGUCGCUCCUGUACGUACCGAAGGUACAGCCAUCCGAGAGCUUCAACAAGUACGGUACGAAAGCGGACAACAUUAAGCUGUACGUGCGCCGUGUGUUCAUUACGGACGAGUUCAACGACAUGAUGCCGAACUAUCUGAACUUUAUUCGCGGUGUAGUUGAUUCGGAUGAUCUCCCGUUGAACGUGUCGCGUGAAACGCUCCAACAGCACAAACUGAUCAAGGUGAUCAAGAAGAAGCUUGUCCGCAAAGCGCUCGAUAUGAUCAAGAAGAUCGACAAGGAGGAGUACGAUAAGUUCUGGAAGGAAUACUCCACCAACAUUAAGCUCGGUAUCAUGGAGGACCCAAGCAAUCGCUCCCGGUUGGCUAAGCUGCUUCGCUUCCAGUCGUCCUCCACCAAGAACAAAGAGUACACCAGCCUGUCUGACUAUGUUGCACGCAUGAAGCCGAAGCAAGACAACAUCUACUUCAUCGCCGGUCCGAACCGUGCCGAGAUUGAAAAGUCUCCGUUCGUUGAGCGGCUACUGUCGCGCGGAUACGAAGUCCUGUUCCUGGUGGAAGCCGUCGAUGAGUACAGCAUCUCGGCACUGCCCGAGUUUGAUGGCAAACGGUUCCAGAACGUCGCCAAGGAAGGCUUUACGCUGAAUGAGUCGGAAGAAUCGAAGGCACGGUUCGAAGAGCUGAAGACGGAAUACGAACCACUGCUCAAGUGGUUGAACGAUGUUGCGCUGAAGGACAAAAUUGCUAAAGCCCAACUGUCCGAACGAUUGGCCAACUCACCGUGCGCACUUGUUGCUUCGAUGUUCGGCUGGACGGGUAACAUGGAGCGUUUGGCACUGGCCAAUGCGCAUCAGAAAACGGACGAUCCGCAACGCCAUUAUUAUCUGAAUCAGAAGAAAACGCUCGAAAUCAAUCCACGCCAUCCGCUGAUGCGUGAACUGUUGCGUCGGGUUGAGGUCGAUACGGAUGAUCUGGUGGCGAAGGAUAUGGCGGUGCUGAUGUUUAAUACGGCCACACUGCGUUCGGGCUUCCAGCUGCCGGAAACGGCUGACUUUGCGGACAGUAUCGAGCGCAUGAUGCGCCAAACGUUGGGUGUAUCGCUGGACGAGAAACCCGAACAGGAGGUGUUUGUGGACGAACCGGCAGAGGAUGCGGAUGCUGGUGCGGACGAGGAAGAAGAAGCGAUCGAUGCGGACGCAGAUGGAGAGCAUGACGAGCUGUAA